AUGAAUACUCGAUUUGCUGGCAACACGAAAGACCCAGCGGUCAAUGUGACUAAGUGGGUCUUGUUCAGCACUGUCAUUUUAGGCGUUCUUGCACGACUGGAAACAAAGUUACGUUUAUUCAAGAGAUUGACAUUAGAUGAUUGUUUUAUCAUUGCAUCUUUGACAUUUUGUGCAAUUCAAAGCAUCUGUGUUUCUAUGGCAGUUGGUGCGGGUCAUGGAAAUCAUUUCGAAGAAUUAUCCACUCAUCAAUUUGACACUGUGAUGAAAUACCUCUACUCGAGCACCAUGUUAUACAUCGCCAGUCUUUGCUUCUCGAUGUUAUCCUUGGUCAUUUUUAUUAGAAGCCUUACACCAUCUAGUAAAGAUCACCUUUUCGCCCUCUUGAUUGAGAUUGUGACUGGUAUUUGGGCCGUGGUCAGUAUUUUUGGAUAUGCAUUCCAAUGCUCCGUGCCAAAUACUUGGGACUUUUGGAAUGGGAAAUGCUUUAAUAUUGUGAGCCAUCUCAGCCUUUUUACGCAAUGUUCAGCACUAAAGGUCUCUUCAGGAAGCGUGGCGCUACUUUGUCUGCAUCUCAACAUCGUGACCGAUUUCCUCAUUCUCGCUCAAGGAUUUCUCCUGCUGUAUCGUGUGCAGGCGGCUGUAACAAAGCGUCUUUUGAUAGCAAGCCUUUUUCUACCCCGGCUUCUCGUUAUUGGUGCAGUUCUCGCCGAACUGAUUUUCACCCACAAGGCCGCAAACACAACGGACCCUACAUAUACCUACUGCGACGUGACUAUACUCCAAGAGACUUCCCAAUGUCUAAGCAUGAUUACCGCAUGCUGGGGCCAACUCAAGCCAUUCUUGUCUUGGUUGAAAUCUAGUGGACUCCGAAUCCAAGACUUUGACUACACCAACUAUGCGAAUGCAUACGGGCGAUCGAACCUCCAGUCGCCUACACAGUCUAGGUCAAGGCCCGGGAAGAAUGAACUAAAUUUUGGUUCAUUUCCGCUACAAAAGAAAACCCAGAUUCUAGUGACUAGGGAUUGGGAGGUAGAUAGCCAAUCUAGUCAGGCGCAUAUUAUACAGGAGCCUCAUACAUGGGUUGAAAGUACAAGUGCUAGACAGAGCCCUGUCAACUAA